GGCGCGCCGCUCUCAGCCCUGCUCGGCGUUCCCUUGCUCGGGCCUGGCUGGGAAAGAUGGCGGCCUCCGGUGGCGACGCUAUGGGCCGGGGUUUGGAUAUCAGUCUGGCCGCUCUGCGCAGGCAGGACCCGUACAUUCAGAGUAUCGUGGACGUGGCGAGUCAGGUGGCCCUCUACACCUUCAGCCACCGGUCCAACGAGUGGGAAAAGACAGAGGUGGAGGGGACAUUGUUUGUGUACACUAGAUCUGCAUCUCCUAAACAUGGCUUCACUAUUAUGAACCGGCUGAGUAUGGAAAACCGCACAGAACCUAUUACAAAAGAUUUGGACUUCCAGGUGCAAGAUCCCUUUCUGCUAUACAGGAAUGCCCGAUUUUGUAUCUAUGGGAUUUGGUUCUAUGACAAAGACGAAUGCCAAAGAAUAGCAGAGCUCAUGAAAAAUUUAACCCAACAGGAGCAGAUGAAGGCACAACAAGCAGCCAACUGUGGGGCCUCUCCCAUGAUUCUUUACUCCGAUGGAAAGGAAGUGGACAUCUUGCAGAUGUUAAACAAGGCAAAGGAUGAGUAUGCAAAGUGCAAACCGUGUCCCGAGCCUAAGGCAAUAACUAGUUCCUCAGCCAUCCACAAUAACCCCAACUUAAUCAAACCCAUUGCGGUGAAACCCACCGACUCGUCGGAGCACGUGAACAGCACGCAACAAAGCAAGUCUGGAGAUCCAGGACCUCAUCACCUGUCACUGACUGCUCUGUUUGGAAAGGCAGAAAAGACCUUCAUAGAGGGUCAUGAAUAUCAGGACCCCUCCAAGGUCCGUCCGGCAGUGGUUCGCUCCUUGUCGUACGAAGAACCAGAUCGAUUAUCUGAAUGCAGAGAAAAGCAGCUGUGCCCCGCUAUCCAGAAGCUGAUGGUGCGUGGUGCUGACUUGAUACCAGUUUCGGAGAUCCCAGAGAACCAGCAUAGUCAGAUUGGGAGCUCCCAUCCCCCUGGAGACGUCUUCAGCAGCCUCUUCCUGCCCAUAGAAGAAGUCUCCCCUUUUCCUGCACAAAAGCCUGAUGGUGGAGAAAGCCUUCUGCACAAACUUGCCAGCACCCACUCCACAGUUCUCUACUCUGAACUAGGUCUGACCCCCUCAAAACCUUAUUACAGUGGUCCUAUAACCAGUGCCACGACCAGCACCUCGGGGAAAAAUACAGGCAGUGCCCCGCAUCACUUUUAUGAUGAUGCACAGCAGAGCCAAAGGACUCCAUCAAAUCUCUCCGCAAUGCCGCUCUCCUCCCAGCUGCCGCCUCCAUCUGGAACCAUCUCUCCUCAUGAGCUGCUGAAGAAACUGAACCUUGUGCGUCAGGACCAACAGUACCAGGUCAGCAGCAAACCAUCCCUGGCUGCCAAGUUCCCACUUGUCUCUCAGCCAGCAAUAAAACAGACCUGGGCAGAGAAGUUGCCGAUGGGAGAGUCCAAUCCACUGCUUCAGGUUAUAUCCCCACAGCGGAUCCCAGCUACUGUGUCACCAUCUGUCCUCCUGUCUCCUUUGGUUUUCACAAAUGCAAGCACACAGAAGUCGGCCGAUAUGACAAAACCCACGCUGUCUGAUAGCGAUGCGACCACAAAUCUACUCCUUCCUCUGUCGCUUAUAGACACACCCACUAACAGCAUCAGCAAUCAGAACAGCGCACUGACCAAGAGCCAGCUCUGUGACACCCUUCUGCAUCUUAUCAAGAAUGAUGAGAGCUUUUUGAACACCAUCUACGAGGCGUACCUCUCAGUCUUGAACAGAAAGGGUGCUCCAACUGGGACGCUCUGAAGCCUUUUCAUCGAUUCCCAUAUUGUGUAUCGGGUGGGCUGCAGUCAGUGUGAUUGGAUGAUAUUUCCAUCUUUUCAUCACUCCAUGAUGGUGCACACAUCUUCAGUGUAUUAUGGCGGUAACAACAUUGGAGAUUGGACCAAUGUUUCAGUAAGUUAGACCAAUAGGCCAAUCAUACUGUUCCCAGUCUGCGCCUGAGAGGCAGCUACUCUUAAAGGACGACUUUGCAUAAAGAGAUUUCAGGGAAAUUCAUUGUCUGAACUCGAAAUGCAUUUUUUUUGAGAGAUCACAUGGAACUAAAAAUGUUUUAUCUAUAUUUCUGCAGCUGUGAUAAAAUCGUACAGAUGUUUUUAACCCUCUAUUUAUCCACAUCAUUAAGAGCAACAAAGAUGUGCAUGAACAAUUGCAGCUCAUUUUAUUGUACAUUGAUCAGCUGCCAAAUUAUUUCUGAUUGGUUGCUGUGAGCUGCUGCCUUGUUAAGUAGUCCUGUGUACCUAAAACAUGGGGUCUGCUGAGGAAAAUUUUGUGCACCUGCCACAACAGAUUCUCAGGUUAGUCUUUCAAGAUUAUUCUGACAAUGUAGUAAAACCAGAGGACAGGAACUGUUCUACCCAAUGUGAUCGGAGGACUUAUUUAAUUGUCUAAUCCACAAUACAAUAAUUGCAGCUGGUUUUAACUUGAGCUUUUAGAUUUGAGCUUGACCAAUUCGAUAAGCUUUAGAGGAUAAGUGCACGUAUGCUUUUUUGCCUCCUUCCCCUGAUCUAACCUCACCCACCCUCCCCAUCCACACAUGCAUCAUUACCUCAAUCUUACAGCUGCAGAUCCGCUGUUUGUUUACAUCCAGUCUUGGAGAUCUUCACUAUCCUGGCUCUGAACAUUACGGCCCAAUGGACGUAUAUGGGACUGUGUCUGAUUGUGUCUGGCAUCCAGGCACUUCCAAUAGAAGUUUAUGGGGCACUAAUGCGCAGUUGUGGCCAAGGCAAUGAAGACUUGUCCUGCUGGAUGUAAACCUAUAGCGGUACUGCACGUAACUGCAGCCAUCAGAUCACAUUACCUAUUCAUCAGUGGAGGGUGCAGGGGAAGGGGCAAAACUAAUUAAAUUAACUUUGUUUUAAACUGAACUUAUCUUUCAAGCUGCAUCUCGACCAGUAUUGGCUGCUUUAAGGGUGAGAAGAGGGUUUUUAGAAAAGGCUUGGAGAAUUAUAAGCCUUCUAUUAAGGUUUUCCAGGGAAAACCUCCCAGAGGGGGAUGUUUAUUACAGUUCUCAGCACAAUAACUUACAGUAUGAAGAAAUGGCAAGAAGCUUUGUUCUGAGAUGGACUGCUUUUCAGGGAGAGUGCUGCAAAAGGUAAUGCUGGAGCGGAGUGGGUAUAUAUGGCAGUGUUUUUCACUAGCAACAAGCCCAUCUCACCAUGGCUGAUUUCAGAUAUGGCCAUAAACAACACAGAGCUCUUGGCUCUGGUAGAAGUUGAACUGAGCGCUAUAAACUCCUCACCCCCAAUACAUUUUACUGAAAAAAACAAUAAGAACGUUUUCCCUACAGUUUUGUUUGCCGGUUCAAAAAAUGUUAACCAUACUUUCUCUGUACAGCAUAAAGAAAUUGUUUUAUUACUUAAAUAAUAUAUGCAUGCUGCUCCGUCCUGGAGUACUGUGAGCUUAGUCUGUGUGAUGAUGCGCUUCUUGGGGGAAUGUAAACGAAAGACUUUGCUCACAGGAAAUGGUCAGAAUGACAGUGUCAUCCUGCCUGCAGAGAACUGUUGGCACUGAACAGAGAAGAAAGUCGGGGACAGCGCUGAAACAUGGAGAGAUUGAAAUUGGAACUUCCUCCUGGCUUCUUUCAAGUGUGGGGGUCUUCAUUGGAUGGUGCGGGAUUACAUCACCGCAGGAGUGAAGUCAACCCGGCACAGAGGCACUGUUUUGGAAUAUAAAUUAAGUUGCAUUUGCGCAGCUUGGUGUUAAUUCCAAAGAAGGCUGUGAGCAUCGGGUAGCUUUAUUUUAUUGCAGAAGAGACAUUGCACCAGUUACUUGUAGCCCUUUGUUGACUCCAUCACUUAGAUCUUAGCAAAUAAGUACUUGACUCCCCUCGUCUACCUGAACAAUCAAAAGUUGACUCUGAUUUCACCAGUAUAUUCUCCAUUAUGGAGAAUUGAAGAAGUGAGACUUUAUUUCUUGUCCCAAUGGAAGGCUGGUGAAAAUCGCCAGUAAAAUCCUACUUGUUGGAUUCCAUGAGAGAUAAAAGAAGUUGCUGUUUUUUUGGUAGCGUGCCAUUUUAAUGGCAGCAGAUGUAAUGUGUUUACAUAAACAGAAUGCUAAAGUUGUAUUUUUAUAAUGGCAAGAGUUAUAAAAGAUAUUUUUUCACAAGAAUCCCAGUAUAAGUACAGUACUUUAUUUUUUUUAUUGAAUAUCCCAGUCUUUGGAGAAAUGCCAGUGGUGUGUAGUUUUGACAGCAGCCUGCAGGUGCCACCAUCUGCCCAGUGUAUCACUAGUGAGGCAGUGAUGUGUGGUUCUGACAGUGGCCUCCAGGUGGUGCCAUCUGUUCAGUUUAUAACCAUUGAGGAGCUUUUCUGUAGCUUCAAGCAGUUGGGUCAACGGAAAGAAAAAGCACUGAUUCUGUGAUGUCACCUGAACAAUGUGGGGGGAGGAAGUACUUUACUGAUCCUGCUCCUCUUGUGAUUGUAAUAUGGAAUAUGUCUAUUUUCAGAAACUGCACACAUAUUACCAACCUCACACCAAUAUUUCAGUUAUAGGUGGAGCAUUGUAGGCUGGCUUUUUAUAUUUUUUAUCUUGGCAGCUGGACAGAUGUUCAGAAGAUAAGUAUUUUGCUCCUUUAGCUGAAUUUUCAUGUAAAAUUAAAAUCAACAGCUAGAGACCCCCUGGUAAUUGUCAAUGUGGUUGAGGGGAGUGGGGAAUUUAUAAAGCUCUGCAAUUCCUAAAAAAUAUAAGAAGCCAGCAAAUGUCUCUGCCUGAAAUAUUUUGUUUUAUUUGUUUUGUUUUUUUGUUCCAAGGAAACUACAAAGUUUGCUGUCUGCAAUAAACUUUUCAUUUCCUGAU